AUGAGGCCUACAAAAGCAAGUAAACCAGCGCCACGCGCAGAGGCAGAAAAAUGGGUGUUGAACAGUGCCCACCCAGAACAAACAGUUACCCUGGGACCAGCGAUGUCCGAUCUAACACGCGCAGCGCUCAAGAAGUUGUUACAUGAGAAUAUGGGCGUGUUCGCCUGGACACCAGCUGGCAUGGUUGGUGUUCCACGGCACGUUGCAGAGCACCGUCUAAACGUCUCAGAAAAUGCAAAACCAGUGGUGUACGCCAAGCGCCACCUGGGCGAUAUAAAGCAUGACGCCAUGAAAGAGCAAGUACUGGAACUACUAAAUGCAGGCAUCAUCAGAGAAGUCAGAUGCCAAACUUGGGUAGCAAGCCCAGUGAUAGUGAAGAAACCAAAUGGCAGCUGGAGAAUGUGCGUCGACUACAAAGACCUAAACAAGGCAUGCCCACGCGACUGCUAUGCCUUACCAGACAUAGACGAAAAAAUUGACUCUCUGGCAACCUUCAGGUGGAAAUGCUUUCUUGAUUGCUACAAGGGGUAUCACCAGGUUCAAAUGGCCGUCCAAGAUGAAGAUAAGACGGCAUUCCGCAUGCCAACAGGGCUGUAUUGUUACACCAAGAUGCCUUUCGGCUUGAAGAAUGUGGGCGCGACCUACCAGAGAUUGAUGAACGAAACAUUCAGCGAUGCCAUCGUCAAGUACAUAGAGGUGUACAUGGACGAUCUGGUAAUUAUGAGCAAAGAAGAAGGCACGAUGCUGGCUAACAUCCAAAAGACUUUCAACACACUACGCAGCGUAAGUAUCAAGCUGAACCCAGCAAAAUGCUCAUUCGGAAUGGAAGAAGGAAAGUUCUUAGGCUUCAUCGUCACGAAAGAUGGUUUUAAGGUGAAUCCGGAAAAAGUCCAAGCCAUAGAAAGGAUGCCUUCACCAUCAAACAUUAAAGACAUGCAAAAGUUAGCAGGACGACUAGCCGCGCUCAAUCGUUUCCUAGCUAAUCAUGCCGCAAAAUCUUUUCCGUUCAUCAAAACCUUGCGCAAUUGUAUGAAGAAAAGCCAGUUCCAGUGGACUCCGGAAGCAGAGAAUGCGUUCCGCGAGAUGAAAGAUUGCCUCAUCAAACUGCCAACCCUAACCGCACCAAACAAGGGAGAACCUUUGGUACUUUACCUUUCAGCUUCCGAUAGGGCAGUCAGAGCUGUGCUGCUUGUCGAUCGUCAAGGUGUCCAGACACCAGUUUACUACGUGUCACGAACCUUGACCGAUCCAGAAACCCGAUAUGCAAUUAUGGAAAAGUUAGUCCUUGCACUGAUUCAUGCUUCAAGGAGGCUGCGCAGAUACUUUGCCAAUCACGUCAUCCACGUGCUAACAAACUACAACAUCGGCAACAUCCUUGCAAGGCCAGAAGUAUCAGGAAGGCUAGCCAAAUGGGCAAUAGAACUGGGAGGUCACAAUGUGGUUUUCAGACCACGACCAUCAAUCAAAGGCCAAGUCUUGGCGGAUUUUAUGACAGAAGUUCCAGAUGACAAAGAAAGAGAGUGUAAAGCCAUGGAAAAAGCUGAGAAAAAGCAAACAGAAGAGCCAUGGUUGUUGUAUACCGAUGGAGCGUCUAACGAAGACGGCACAGGCGCAGGGCUAAGGCUGGUAAGCCCCGAUAAACAUGAAUUCACAUACGCAAUACGCUUGGAUUUUAAGAGCACAAACAACGAAGCAAAGUAUGAAGCUUUCCUGGCUGGCUUACGAUUGGAGAUCAAAAUGGGGGUCCGACACAUCGAAGCGCAUGUGGACUCCAUGCUGGUAGCGGGGCAAAUCAACGGCCAAUACGAAGCUAAAGGGGAUGUCAUGGCACUCUACCUCAGCCAAGCAAAAACAUUGCUACAAACCUUCUACUCUUACAAGGUGCACCACAUAAACAGAAGCGAGAACAAGCCAGCAGACGUGCUGAGUAAGCUCGCAUCAACAAGUUUCCAGCACCUAGCAAAGGAUGUGCGCAUAGAGGUUUUGAGCAACCCAUCCGUUCCACUCAGAGAAGUAAGUGUCAUCAAGACAGGAACAACGUCCUGGAUGACACCGAUAAUCAUGUACCUGCAGUCAGGGAUACGUCCCGAAAACAAAGCCGAGGCGCGAAAGAUCCAAUACAAAGUAGAACACUAUCAGAUGGCAGAUGGGAUACUAUACCAAAAGUCGUAUCUCGGCCCGCUGCUAAGAUGCGUUGACGCCGAAGACGUAAACUACCUACUCCGGGAAGUUCAUGAAGGAAUUUGUGGUAUUCAUGUCGGGCCUCGAAUGGUGGUAGCAAAAGUGAUGAAUGAGGGAUACUACUGGCCCGGGAUGCACCUGGACGCUGUGAAAGGGUUGAGGAGGUGCAGUGGCUGCCAGAGACAUGCGCCCAAGACCAUGCGCCCCAAAAAUGAACUAGUACCAGUCACAACCGCAUGGCCUUUUCAACAAUGGGGCAUAGACAUGGUAGGUCCUUUCCCGGAAGCACCAGGGGCGGUCAAAUUCAUAAUAGUCGCAGUCGACUAUUUCACCAAAUGGGUGGAGGCGAAAGCACUUGCAUCAACCACAUCGGCAGUCGUCAAGCGAUUUAUAUGGGAGCAAAUCAUAUGCUGCUUUGGCCUACCUCUCAGAAUCAUCACCGAUAACGGAACUAACUUCGCAGCAGACGACCUCGAACGAUGGUUCAAAGAACUACAUAUCGAGCAUACCUUCUCUUCGGUUGCGCACCCGCAAGGGAAUGGUCAAGUAGAGGCAGUCAACAAAAGUAUCGUUGAUGGUAUCAAAGCAAGGUUAGGCGAAAAAAGAAGAGGAUGGGUAGACGAACUGCCCAGCAUAUUGUGGGCCCAUAGGACAAUGCCAAAGACAAGCAACGGCGAGACACCGUUCAGCCUAGUCUAUGGGUCUGAGGCAGUCAUUCCAGCAGAAAUCGGGCUACCAUCUCCACGAAUGCUCUCAAUGAACUUAAUCAACAAUGAAGAGGAAAGGAGGAUCGACCUGGACCUCCUAGAAGAACGAAGAGAGAUGGCAGCAAACAACGAGGCCAAGUACAAAACAAAGCUGGAGAAAUACUACAACUCCAGAGUCCGAGUCUGCACUUUUAACCUGGGAGACUAUGUCCUACGGGACAAUGAAGCUUCCAACGCAGAAAAGCCCGGAAAAAUGGCGCCCAAAUGGGAAGGCCCAUACGUAAUCGAUACAGUACUCGGCAAGGGAGCUUACAAACUGCGCACCAUCAACAACAAAGAGGUUCCACGAACCUGGAAUGCUCAACAACUCCGAAAGUGCUACAUGUAA